AUGCAUCGACUCUGCGGUACCUGUGCUCGAAACUCAGGAGCCCGUGUUGAGUAUCUACGGCAUUCGUAUGCUGAGGUGUUCAGGUUCGUUCGCAGACGAUACUCGCAGACCUCCAUCAGCGCGAACCGAGAUACCAAUCGACCUUUCAGCACCUGUAUCCCUCAGCGCGACCCCACCUCGCCAUACAACGUACCUCUUGUACCGGAUGACACCAAUGCGCGGAAAUUGUUUGAGGACUUUAGCAAGCAGAGUUCCUUCGGGUGGACGAAACGAGGUUGGGGAGAGAUCGAACCCAAGGACAACAAAGUAUGGCGCCCUUUGCAAUCUGAAGACCCUCAAUGGGGCAUCUCACCCAUUACGCUGAGCGGUUUCAUAACCUCUCAAAGAUUCGCUGGCAAAAACCUGUGCUUCCUUAACCUCGUCGACCCGAGCCUCAAGGAGGCCGUGCAGCUUAUGGUCAAUAUUGAGAAAGGAAGCACGGCUGCCGUUUCAGAGCCGAAAGAGUUGCGCGCAUACACAUCGAUAGCCAACGAUAAUGAUGCAAGGAGCAAGAAAGAAACUAUAGGAAUUUCCCGCGAGUUGCUUGCCCAACUUCUGCCGCACACUCCCGUAGAAAUCAAGGGGAAGGUGAUAAACCGCCAGGCGCCACCGGAAGACUCAUCACUGGCUGAUAAGUAUGUUGGAAACGUACCACGGUAUCACACAACAAAGGAGAUAGAAGUCACAAGCGUGCGGCUGUUGGCAACAUUCCCUUCUGACUUGGUGGCUCAGCACGGCGUGAACUUCCCCCCAGAGCAGCGACAUUUGCAGUUUCGAACAAACGACAAACUUCGCCAGAACAUAUAUACAAGGGCAAGAGUCUUGGCCAAAGUGCGGAUGUGUCUGGCCCGGGCUGGAUUCAACGAAGUUGAGACACCUGUGCUGUUCAAAUCGACGCCUGAGGGUGCUCGGGAGUUUGUGGUCCCAACUCGUCAGAAGGGUUUUGCAUACGCUUUGCCUCAAAGCCCGCAGCAGUAUAAGCAGCUUCUCAUGGCUUCUGGAUUCCACAAAUAUUUCCAGAUAGCGAAAUGCUUCCGUGACGAGGAUCUCCGGACUGACCGUCAACCGGAAUUCACGCAGCUCGAUCUGGAGAUGUCGUUCUCCAGGCCCGAAUCUAUAAUAAGGCUUCUCGAGACACUGUUGACCAAGUGGCUACUGCCAGCCAUGGGACUGGGUCUCCCGGCCCCCCAAAUAAUGGAGUUUUCGAAAAAGGUGAUCUACGAGUAUCCGUCGUUUCCGCGGCUCAGAUAUCAACAAGCAAUGGCCAUCUACGGGAGCGAUAAACCUGCGCUACAGAUACCUGGCACCAUCUCGCGCAUCGAGCAGUUGCUACCUGCAGAUUCCAUUGGAAUGCUCACGUCACUGUCGGACCCGAUCGUGGAAAUGAUAGUCCUCCGCACCACAGAAGAAGAUGCAGAGGCAAGCCGGGAUUUCAUGAAGUCUUUCAUGGACUCGGACACAGCUCGAUCGUACCUCAGCAAUCCUGACGGGGCGCCUGGCGUGGCGGUGUUUGACCCAACAAAGCCAUUGAACGGCUUGGCAGCGUUUGGCCACGACGGCGCGGAAAAGAUCACUGAGCGGUUCCAGCCACAGUUCGGAGAUAUUCUGAUCACACAAGCUCGAGCAAAUGUGCCUUUCUCGGGUGGCUCGACUAUGCUGGGGAGCAUGCGGGUGGACGUAUCAAAGGCAGCCAUUGACAGUGGCCUGAUGGUAGCUCACGAGGGCUUAUACCCCCUGUGGGUGACAGAUUUCCCCUUGUUCUCUCCGCUAGGCGAGGGAGAUGUCGGACAAGGUGCGACCAACGGGCUCUGCUCAACGCACCACCCUUUUACCGCGCCCAAGCCGAAACUCGACAAUGUCUCCCUCCUUGCAAGCGACCCCAUGAGCGUCGUAGGAGACCACUUCGACCUUGUCAUCAACGGCGUUGAAGUGGGCGGUGGCUCCCGACGUAUCCACAAUGCCGAACUCCAAGAAUACGUCCUGCGCAACGUGCUCCAGCUGCCGAGCGAGCGUAUCGAGGACUUCAGGCACCUGUUGAAUGCGCUCAAAGAUGGCUGUCCACCGCACACGGGGUUUGCUAUUGGCCUCGACCGUCUGUUGGUGCUGUUGACUGGCAGUUCGACUGUACGUGAUGUUAUUGCCUUCCCCAAGAGUGGGCGUGGUGAAGACCGGUUCGUGGGAGCACCCUCACGAUUGACUCAAGAACAGCUCUCUACGUAUCAUUUGUCUCUUUCAGAUGAGCCAGCAGUAGAGGAGACGUUGAAAGUUUCGGAAAAGGCAUGA